UGUUCAGAUCCGGGAAUCGGUUCAGUUGAGUUGGGAUUCGACUCAUCUGGUAGGAAGGUCGCAGGAACGACGGGGUUAAACUUCGUACUGUGUACUGAUUAUGGCUUCAGCCAUUACAAAGGUUAUUUCUCCCUGGCGGUUUGUCAGAAUUGCGAGGAUCCCUGCUGUUCAGCUGCAUAUGACUGGGGCACUAAUGGGGGCAUCAGUGGAGGACUUCAACCGUGCCAAGGAUAAGCUUGGCACACUAAAGAAAGACCCAGGCAAUGAGGUCAAACUGAAGAUCUAUGCCCUUUUUAAGCAGGCAACACAGGGACCAUGUAACACACCAAAACCAGGGAUGUUGGACUUUGUGAAUAAAGCCAAGUGGGAUGCCUGGAAGUCUUUGGGGUCUGUGUCACAGGAGGAUGCCAGGCAGAAGUAUGUGGACCUGAUCUCAUCCCUGGUGUCUGCUGAAGGCCCUGCUGUAGCAGCAUCACCUACAGGAAGUGCAAAAGCAUUUGAGACACUUCUAUUCACCACUGAGGAUGGCAUCACCACUAUUAAGUUCAACAGACCAGAGAAGAAAAACGCCAUUACUGUGAAGAUGUACGAUGAACUGAUUGAGGCUCUGGAUCUUGCUGCAAAGGACAAGUCUGUUAUCACAGUCCUUACAGGCAGUGGUGACUACUACUGCAGUGGCAAUGACCUGAACAACUUCACAAACCUCCCAGAGGGGGGUCCUGAGAAAAUGUCCAAGGAUGCUGGAGAGUUACUGAAGAGAUUUGUGUCAGCAUUUAUUGAGUUUCCUAAACCUCUGAUCGCUGUUGUAAAUGGACCGGCUGUGGGAAUCUCGGUCACUGUCCUUGGACUGUUUGAUGCUGUCUAUGCUACAGGAAGAGCCACAUUUCACACCCCCUUCAGCCAUCUGGGUCAGAGUCCUGAGGGCUGUUCCUCUUACACAUUCCCUAGAAUCAUGGGUCCAGCAAAGGCCAGUGAGGUGCUGUUAUUCAAUAAGAAGUUGACCGCAGCACAAGCAUAUGAACUGGGACUGGUGACCGAAGUCUUUCCUGACAACAGCUUUCAGUCAGAGAUCUGGACUAAGCUUAAGGCUUAUGCAAAGCUGCCUCCUAAUUCUCUAGCUCUUUCCAAGCAGCUGAUUCGAGCAGUAGAAAAGGAAAAGCUCCACGCUGUGAAUGUGGUCGAGGUGGAGAGGCUACAGGAGCGCUGGCUCUCAGAUGAGUGUAUGCAGGCCAUCGUGAGCUUCUUUCAGGCAAAGUCCAAACUGUGAAGAAGAAACAUAUGGAAGGUCAUGUUAAUUCCAUCACCAUUGAUCUCUUCCAGAUAAAUAACGUGGGGUAAUGUCAUAUCUAAAGUUUUGUGAUUUAUAGAUCAGAACAAAAAGGGUACAAUAACAGUUAGUGUAAUACUAAAAGUAAUAUUGUUGCUGCUUACACACAGACUUUUCAAAAGGUAAAAAAAAAAAAAAACUAAAUAAAAAAAAACCCUCUUACCUGUUUUCCAUGCUGAUUCACAUAACAGUAACUUGCCAUUAAAUGUUCUACUUUUGAGAAAUAAGUUUGAGAAGGUUCUAUUUUUUAUUAUUUGUAAAAGAGUCAAAUGUGAGAAGUCUGCACGUUGGACAUGUUUUUAUUUAAGAUCUCUUUAGACAGAAAGGACAAUUUAGAACAAAUGUGUUUUUGUGAGGAAGUUUUAUGUUCAUGUGCACAAUUCACACGGUCCAGACUUUACGUUCAGUUCUGAAACUGGAUUUUUCAUCCUGCCAUUAGCUGAUUCAUAGAAAAAUGUGUAGUUUAAACACUUAGAUUUGUUUUCACCCAGAAUCAGCAGUGAAUAAAAGCUAGUUAGAAAUUCUGAUGUUGGAAUCAUUCUUGAACAUAUUUAAUGUUUGCAAUAUUAGUAUUUGUGACAGAACUUUGCUCUUUGUGAGAUGCUCACAAAAAAGAUGCCUUCCAUUUCAUAAUGUCACUGUAAUAUAGGCCUGUCGCGAUAAUUACCUUGACGUGACGAUAUUUUUGACAACCUCGAUACUGCUGGUUUUAUUUGCAUGUUUUUAAGCAGAUACUUUGAACUAGGCGUGCUGAUCUCCAAUCUACUUUGAGAGAAACCAGCGAACCAGGAGAACACUUUCAGCACAGAUUUGCUGCUGUUGGUGGAUUUUUCACCAUUUAAUUAACAGAUAAAUGAACAUCUGCAACUUCUGUUUCGACACAAGUCAAAACCACAGCAAUGCAAGAUAUUCCCAGGUCUUUAUACAUGCAGACUUGCAUCGCAUUUGGAUUUAAAAUAUGUGGUCAGCCAGGCAGCUAUUUACCCUAUCUGACUCAAACUCAACCAGAGAUGCUCUUGACUCCAAAUCCAGGAUUUGCUCUGGUCACUGAGUUCACGAGAAGAUUGUAUAAAGAUGAUUGAGCUUGUUUUUCAACUGUGUUUAAAAACAGUAUGCAUGUUUAUAUGUAUACGCGUGUGCACGCGCACAAUACAAUUAUUUAUCAUCAUAAAUCCUGGGACAAUUUAUUGUCUAUUAAAAACAGUUAUCGUGACAGGCCUACUGUCAGUUUAUUAUGAGUUCAUAAAAAUUGUAGUGCCUUACCUAAUGUCUACCUCAUUUACAUUGAGGUUUUAACAAGUGUACGAAUGAUAACAUUUACUCAACGUUGUCUUUCUGUAAAUAGCACUUCUGCUGUUUCAACAUGCUGUCAUCAGACAUCUAGUAAUUGUUUUAUUUUUGUUUGAGAUUAAUGUCAUUUAUUGCACAAAUAAAUUUUAAUACUACUGA